AUGUUUCGAUGUUGUUUUGGUAAGGAAGAAAUAAGUCAAAUAGAUCACCAGGCAAAUGAGAAUCCAACAGCAAGAACCGCUGCAUGUCAUAGUGAGCCAGUAACAUGUAUUAAUAACAUGAGCUACGGCGUUACGAUAUCUGGUAGCCAGGAUAAGACAGUCCUGGCCUAUAACUGGAGGACUGGUAAUAUCAUACGCAGAUGGUUCGGGCAUAAUAAAGAAAUCACAAAGGUAACUGGAAAUUACGUAAGACUGAGAUCAUUUACUUUACGUUACGUAACAAAGUUGGCAGUGAAUUGGACUCAACUACAAAUGUAA